AUGUCCAGAUACGCUGCCGUCCACCAAAACCCCCAAGGCAUGGGCGACGCCCGUCCCACGGCCCUGCAAAUCGUCGAGGACGAAGGCCUCGUCGGAAAGCUCGUCGGCAAGACGGCCCUCGUGACGGGCGCCAACCAGGGCAUCGGCCUCGAGACCGCCCGCGCCCUCUACGCGGCCGGCAUGACUGUCUUCCUGGGCGUCCGAAGCCUCGAAAAGGGCCAGCGGGCCAUCGAGGACAUCACGGCCUCGGCGACCGCAGACGCCAAAGGCGCGCUGCGCCUCGUCGAGAUGUCCCUCGACAGCCUCGACUCGGUGCGGAGCGGGGCGAAACACUUCCUCGCCCAGAGCGAGGGCCGCCUGAACAUCCUGAUCCUCAACGCGGGCAUCAUGGCCGACGCCAAGACGAAGACGGCCGACGGCUUCGAGUCGCACCUCGGGACCAACCACGCCGGCCACUUCCUCCUCUUCCAGCUCCUCAAGGAAUCCCUGCUCGCCUCCGCGACGCCGGCCCUCAACUCCCGCGUCGUGGCCGUCGCCUCGAUGGCGCACCGCGCGAGCGAGAUCCGCUUCCACGACCUCCACUUCGACGAGGCCGGCGCCUUCGAGCAGCAGCCCCUCGCCGCGUACGGCCAGUCCAAGACGGCCAACAUCUACACGGCGAACGAGAUCGACCGGCGCUACGGCCCCCGCGGCCUGCGCGCGCUCUCGGUGCACCCGGGCGCCAUCCCGACGGAGAAGGCGCGGGACCGGAUGGCCUCCCUCCCGCCCGAUUUCUACGUCAAGGCCCUGCAGUUCACGAAACGGGUACACAGAGAAGAGUACCCGGCCAUCGACCCCGCGGACCCCAAGCUCUCCCUGGCGGGCAAGGUCGUCAUCAUCACGGGGGCGAGCCGCGGCAUCGGCGGACAGGGGAUCGUGCCGGCCUUUGCCAAAGCCGGCCCAAAGGCCCUCGUCCUCGUCGCCCGCAACGAGUCGAGGCUCAACACCGUCGCCGACGAGGUCCGGGGGCUCAACGCAGACGUCGAGACGCUGGUAUACCCCGUCGACAUGGCGGACGCGGCGGGCGUCGCGGCGCUCUUCGACAGGGUGAAGGCGACGUACGGCCACGCCGACGUGCUGGUGAACAACGGUGCCGUGCAGACGGCGCUCGACACAAUCGCGACGAGCGACCCCAAAGUCUGGAUGGACGACCUGACGACCAACGUCGCCGGCGCCUUCUACCCGACCUUCCACUUCCUCCGCUCCCUCCCGGCAGCGUCCCACGGCACCAUUGUCAACGUGACCACCAUCGCGCACUGGGUCGUGCCGGGCAUGAGCUCGUACCUCCUCGCCAAGCUCGCGAGCCUGCAGCUCGCCGCCCACGUCGCCGCCGAGACGGGCGGCAACGUCACGGCCGUCGGCCUGCACCCGGGGCUCGUCCGCACGGACAUGACGUCGGAAUACUUCCGCCCCUUCGCGCUCGACACGCCCGGCCUGGUGGGCGGGACGGCCGUGUGGCUGUGCUCGGAGGCGGCGAGGUUCCUCGACGGCCGCUUCGUGGCGGCGAACUGGGACGUCGACGACCUGUGGGAGCGGCGGGAGGAGAUCGUGGACAAGGGCCUCUUGAAGAUUGACAUGGCUGGGGAGCUUGGGGCCGAGCAGUUUGUUGAGGCGAGGGGAUGA